AUUGUUUCAUCUAUCAGAUGUUGCUUGUUAGCUAUCCAAACGAAGUAAUCGAAGCUGUAGAAGUGGAAGGAGCAUGUCCGCCGAGGUUGAAGACAAAUAUCCAAGCUAUGCAAUUUUCUGUGGAUCUUUGGGUGCCGCAUCGGCUAUCGUUUUGUCAGCAAUGGGCGCUGCAUAUGGCACGGCGAUGUCAGGCAAAGGCAUUGCCGUAAUGGCCUUAACCAAGCCGGAGCUUAUUAUGAAGUCCAUCAUACCGGUGGUCAUGGCUGGCAUUAUAGCCAUCUAUGGACUGGUCGUAGCCGUCCUUAUUGCCGGCUCAAUUAGUGAUGAGUACACCAUACAAAAGGCACACGUUCAGCUGGGCGCCGGAUUAUGUGUCGGCUUCUCCGGGCUCUCUGCGGGCAUGGCCAUUGGCGUUGUUGGCGAUACCUGCGUGCGUGCAUCAGCCAGGCAGCCCCGCUUGUUUGUAGCCAUGGUGCUAAUGCUGAUCUUUGCCGAAGUGCUCGGCCUGUACGGCCUAAUUGUGGCCAUUUUCCUGUAUACCAAGCUGUAAGACUGUACCAAUAAAGCUAAUAAGAGCCACAAUUUUGUUGUA